AUGGUGGACCGCGCACGUUUUUUCUUCCAAACAAGUUCCGAAAAGCAGCGUCAUCAGCAUUCUGCUGAAUGGAUCGUCACCUUACGAAGCGUUCUGUUCACGGCCAAGGGAGCCGAGGCCAUUGAGAUUCUGGACAGUGCUACGCUGAACAUCCAUGGGUUCCUCUAUGAGAAUUUGGAUGGUUUACGGGAUGCAGCUAUUGCACUUAAACUUGGCAGACUACACGUUCCUUACGACGAUGUACGAAAUUUUGUCGAGCGUUAUCAAAAAUCCAAGCGUCAGAACUCAAAUACGUACACGCAGGCUGAGUCAAUUGAGGUUUCGGUCGACAAGGUCUUACAAGAAAUUGAUCAGCCGGGCAGUACGGACCAAGAGUUAAUGCAGACGGUGUCUGAUUCUAAAGAGUUCGUGAGCUCUAUCCUUCGAGGAAUUAAGGAAGUCCAAUUUGCAGUGAGCUUUGUCAGCCUCUCGAAGAAGGUGAAUGCUGUGAAAUCAGCUGGUUCGCCUUUAUUGUUGAAUGCAUCUAUGAAGGAGGUUGGUAUAGACUUACAUCGCUUGGACCCCAAGUCUCCGGCACAUCGCAUGUACUUUCCUUCAAAGGACAUUGCUCACGAGGCUCUGGGCGCGGCCCUGUCCAUUUCUGUUGGGCUCGAUGAUGGCAAUGGUAGACCAGAAAGGAUAGUGUAUAUUCCCAUGGCCACUACGACCGUGAAAACUACCCUGCCCUCGAAAACGGUAGAGCUCUCUGAUGUUGGAAGCGCUGAAGAGCGAAAUGCCAAUAUACUCUUUGCGAACUCUGUCGUUACCUCACCUUCGGUGGAUCUUUAUCCAAAACAUCUUCCCGUGCUUCUUGCUCUUCUCCAACCCCGGCCGAAGGCACCAAAAGCCCACGUACAACAGAGGCAUAUGCUUAUCUCUCGCCUAUUACCGAAAGCUAAUAUCAAGUUUUCUAUGCAUGAACCAGUCCUAAGGAUAGCUUUACCUCCAGUUGAAAAGACAAACGAUCCGGAUGACUUCGACUUGAUCAUCUCUUCCAUUUCCUCUAUCUCGCUUGACCUCGAGUCCUUCCAUUCUGCAGUUGAAGACUUACACUAUUCUUUGGUAUCAUCCUUCCGACUUCAAACCCAUCAUCUUUAUUAUCAAACUACUCAGGGCAGUCGCUUCGACUUAAUAGAUACGGAGUCAUUUGACCUCAAAGUGCAGCUGUCAGCAACUCCUGAUGUCCAUGUAAUUGCCAACGGUCAACUCCAGACCUUUGCAAUUCGUAUGACCCGCCCAGAGAUAACUAAAGGUCUGCGCCAAAUCGUUCGUCAACUUAAGCUAGAUGUUGAGCCUGACAAGAGGGCGGGGUCAAAGAUGCAAAAAUCUCAGAAUAUCGUUCGUGCCCUGCCAUCGUGGCUGCUUCAUUUUUCAGUACAAGUUGAAGAUUUCAGUGCUGAAAUUACGGGCAUCGAUGAAGAUUUUCCGGGGAAUACUCGAGGCGUCGUGCUACAAAUGGAAUCGUGGUCGACGGAGUAUCGAGCUCAUAGGUUAGAUUCGUUACGGAAUCGACCAGCGUCUCGAAGACGGACGGCUAGCCGAUCUUUCAUACCUGAUGCGGAUUUCUUGAGUUCGGUUGCUGUACCGCCAUCCCCGCGCAAAAAGCAGCAGAUUGAGGGCGAUGGACGAAGACUGACUCUCCAUACGCGAAAUCUGGAGGCUUUCAUAGUUGAGGCACCAGAGAAAUGGGAAGCUGAGCCUUUUGUUCAAAUGCCUCGCUUCGAGGUGGCUCUCUCGACACAUAGUGAUGCUCAGGGUCCAAUUCUUCAUGUCCAUUCCCAUAUGAGAACUUUACGUGUUCAUUAUUCGCUUUACCGACACUACUCCAUAGGUGUGGCUGUCAUGGUUUUGCGAAAUGCGUUCACGAGGGGACCAGGAGCGGGAGCGGGACCUCAACCGCCGACGCCAGCCAGUCCAAAGACAGGAUACUUGAGCCCUCCAUUGAUAUCACCCGACUCACCCCUUGCUGAUCAGAUGGAUAAAUUCCCACGGUACUCGAAGGAGCUUGUCUCAUAUGAUAUCAAAGCCUCCCUUAUCCAGAUCAAAGCCGAAAUGCCCUCUGAUCCCCCUUUGAUGAUGCAGAUAUAUGCCAUGGAAGCUGGCAGACAUAGGUGGUCACCCCCGUUCUUUUUCUCAAAAUUGAUCCGACUAUAUGCUGGUGCGCCUCGAAUGCGAGGAGUUUGGGCACGCAUUGCAAGCAUUAAGACUAUCCGUCUAGACUACCGCCAGUCACGUAGGAAAAUGUCAACUGGUGGUUAUCACGACGAUAAAAUGUUUGAUAUAGUGACCGAUGCUAUGCGGCUAGCGGUACCUCAUGAGCUUAUUAUCAGCCAGAUAUCCGACAACAUCAUCAAUGUCAUCAAGGCGAGCGAACAACUGCACCACCGCUUUAAGACAGGCACGAACGAAUAUAUCCUAGAUAAGGCACCAGAAGGCCCAAAGAACGUCCCGAAGAUCUCCUUGAGAACCCGCACUCUUUUAUUUGAACUUGAAGACGGCGCUUUUGAAUGGAAGUUAGGAAUGAUUUACAGGGCUGGGCGUGUUGAGCAAUUGCAGCGGCUUGCUCGUGAGGAGGCUUAUCGGGUUAAAGUGAAGAAGAUCCACGAAGAAGAAAUAAGGAAAGAGUCGAAUCGGAUUAGGAAUCGAUCGGUGAUGACGAGAGGACGAACGGCAGCCUCGAAUGCUUCUUUUGUAAGAAGCAGGAGUGAAGACGGUCUCUCACAAUUUGGCCGUGCAGAGCGUUCUUCUAGCGAAGCGCCGAGAAGCAGGAACCCUCGAUACGACCCGGAAACAAUUCGUGGCAUGAGUGGUAGCGCACACGUCUCAAUUCAGGAAGCUAGAACUAAACUCCAUCAGCAUAAUGCCCAAAGCUGGAAGAGACGUAUUGAUCGCCAUUAUGCGAUGGCGAGAAAUGGUAUGAAGGAGCUGCGCGGCUUAUUCUGGGGUCCUGAUGAAGUUCCUGACGAUGUCGAGGACAAUGAGAAAAUACUUGAAGUGCCUCAACGACCGGCGCUGAUGGCAACUGUGAUAACAGAUCUACAAAUAGUGAUUGACAAGCCGUCAUUCCCAAUCCAGAAGCUACCAGAUUUUCUACAUGAAGUCGGAAAGGGAAUGCCCAAGGAUAUGAAAUAUUCCCUCCUCGUACCUAUGAAUGUCCAGAUCAAUAUGGGUGAGGCAAGGGUUAGCCUCCGGGACUAUCCUCUACCCUUACUUCAUGUUCCUGCUACCAAGUCUGGCCAAUCAUCGAGACUUGCGGCUUUAUCGCUCAAAACGGACUUCGUUAUCGCAGAAGAAUUCCACGGCAGUGAAUCAUCUCGUAGAAUCAGAGUUCAGAUUACUCCACCAGACAAUUCAGAGCCAGGAAGGCCGAAUGGAAGUUUCGCUAUCGACGUUCGCCGCACUAUUGGACCCGUGAAGUCCUACUCAGACAUGCAUGUUGACAUCAAUACCGCAUAUCCUACCAGGAUUACCUGGGGCCCUUCGUAUCAACCGGCAAUUCAAGAUAUGAUGAUGGCUAUUGAGUCGUUCACAAAGCCACAAUUGGAUCCUUCGGAACGUGUAGGGUUCUGGGAUAAGAUCAGGCUCAAUUUUCAUUCUCGGGUUCGGGCUGCAUGGAAGGAAGACGGCGAUGUUCACCUUGCUUUGAAGGGCACUAGGGACCCCUACAAUGUCACUGGUAACGGCGCAGGUUUCUUGAUGUGUUGGCGAAAUAAUGUUCGAUGGAAUGUUCAUACCGAAGACGACCCGAAGAAGUUCAUGACCGUCGAUAGCGGUGAAUAUGUCCUUGCAAUACCAGACUACAGCCACCAGGUUAGAGAGGCGUCGCGCCGAGCCGGAGAAGAAGACAGCAUGACGAGCGAGAAUAGUUUCAAGUCCGGCGCAGCGUUCAAGAAGGUUGUGAUGAAAGUGUCUGGUAAUGUUCAAUGGUUGGCCGGACUGGUCUUCGAGCAGGCUAUCGAAAACGGGAAGCGGAACUUUGAGUUCAAACCGCAUUACGAGGUGGUUUUGAAGUCCCCUCAGCACGCCAAAUCCGAGGACGGUUCUCUCCCAUAUGAUGCCUUCCGCGGAUUCCGAAGCCAGCACAUACAUCUCUCUAUUGCAAUCAGAGCACCAGUCGACCGAGAUUGGGCGUCGUCGGAGAUCCAACCGUCUAAAAGUUAUAAUACCGUGCAUUUGACGCCUCGGUUUUUCACUCAUUUCUUUGCUUGGUGGUCUCUAUUCAGUGGCCCGAUGUCGCUUCCUAUUCGCCAGGGUUCUCUAUGGCCUGGAAGAGAAAAGAAUAGCAAGAAAUUUGGAAGGCAUCUAGGUACAAUCAAGUACAACCUCCUCUUGGCCCCCCUAUUCCUCAGCCACAUAUAUAAGCAUAAAGAUGCCGAAGACUACUCUGAAAAUUCCGUUUCGGCUACGGGUAUUAAGGUCAGGUUUGACAGCUUCAUGCUUGACAUCCACCAGCGCCGAGAAGAGUUCAACACUCGAGACCGCGGUCACAAGACGAACGGUAGAACAACUGGUAUGAAGAUUCAUGCAGCUCAGCUCGAUCUUGUAUCUGCGGAUGUUCGUGCUGUCUCUGCUAGUAUCAAAGGCACGAGCACCGAAGCAAUCAAGAAAAAUUCGAUUUCGACCUUGAUGACACAGCAAGACGAAGACGGUGCAGACCUUUCCCAUUUCACGAUUCCUGACAAUGAUUUUAGCUGGAUCGACAUGGAUGACUUUGUCGAGCUCGACUCAAUCCUACCCUCAGAAGCAAAUCCGGACACGAAAAUUUUGCCGCUCGCGUAUGCUCCUCGUGUGACAUAUUUCAGACAGACCGAUAUUGGCGGCACCAUAGAUGGAGACCCUGACCGCACGAGUCCUUUCGGAGACGAACCCACCCAUGUCUGUAUAAUGAGCCAGGAUGAUGAUCCUAGGAGAGUCCAAUUCCAGCUGAUCCAGUCUCGAUUGGAGCAGCUGAAGGCCCAGAUUGUUGCCAACACCCGCAACAUCGGUGAUGCUGAAUUACGUAUGAUCCGUGAUAACGGUAAUGAUCCAGAAAUCAAAGCUGAAUUCGAGAUGCUUAGCAAGCAUGCUACCGUCUUGAAAGAAAAGCUAUUGUUCAUGGAAGAUAUGCUGCAGCAAGUAGCAAUUAAAACAUCAACAGAUAAUCAAGAUGCUUCAAGAGAUUCUGAGUCUACGAGCCACGAAUCCAGAGAAUGGAUCGAUACAGGAGAUGGAAAAGUCAGAAUACCGUCAGGGACCGACUUUGCGAGCGACUUCAAGAACAGGUUUGUUGUCCACAAUGUUCAACUGAAGUGGAACAAUUUACUGCGAAAUAUCAUUCUCCGAUAUAGCCACCAAGUCAGCCAACGCCGUGGCUUCGUCUACUAUCUAUCUCGGCCUGCCGUCAAGUUCAUCCUAGACAUUGUAGAGGAACAGACCAGGGCCAAGCAAAACACCAAGUCCGCCAAUACCCCCAAUAAUGACGCACGCCAUCCUUCAGCCACAAAUAGCACCAGGCAGUCUAGUGAAACUGACCCGGAUAUCGAAUACCGUAUCAAACAAAUCCUGAAAGAUGGUAGAAAGUAUGUUGACGCCGAUGGAUACUCUUCAACCGAAGGUCCUACCAAUAUAAACAUGGAGGACAUCACUAGUGGUAUAGCAGAAGAAUUCGCUCCUCAAAAUUCAUACCAUGUCCGCUUGAUCGCACCGCAAAUACAGCUCCAAAGUGAAAAGAACAAGAAGCACGUUGUUCUGAUCACCGGAAAGGGAAUGGAACUCAAGGUGGUCGAAGUUAUGGAGAAAGCAAGAUUGUCUGAUCAAGUCAGCGGAUUAGUCCAGCGACGUUUCUUGCUCAGAAUGGACAGUGCACAGUUCUUUGUGACGCAUCAGAAAUGGUUCUCGGGUCAACUGCUAUCGAUGUAUUCUGGCAAUACAUAUGGAACACCUGCCGGUUCCUCCUGGCCGCCUUGGGUGCCUAUGGAAGUUAUGUACGAUUUCCAGUCGGAUCCUUUUGGCUUCAAACGGGUUGUGCAAGAGACAUCAGCCACGCUAAGAUAUGACAAAUUCAAUACUCUCCGGUUAAAAUACAAUGACGAAGUCAAUACGGAGGCCAACCCUCUGACGACGGAGAGUACCGAAAGCAGGAUGGAUAGUCUCUGGGUAGAUUUCCCUCAGGCUAGAGCUCUUUGCAAUUCGUCGCAAUACUACGCGAUGUACGUUAUCGUGCUUGACCUUCUUCUAUACAGCGAGCCUCUUGAGAAGACGAGGAAUGAGAGGUUGGAGAAGAUCAUACUGGCCUCGGACUUCAGCGACCUUCGAGGAACCCCAGAAAUGGUCACUAGAUUGCAGGAGCGUAUCCGUCAACUAGAGGAUAUCAAGGCACACUUCCAAAUCCAUUCGAAGUACUUAGAUAAGAAGGGAUGGAAGGAUCGAUUGCUUCUAGAACGCGAUCUCGCAGCAUGCGAAGAUGAAUUAUUCUUUGUGAUGAAAGCCAUUACUACCUCACAACGGAAAUAUGAUAACGCGUCGCAGAGUAAUGCUCUACUGAGAUGGACUAUUUCCGCCAAGGAAAUCGUUUGGCAUCUUAUUCGCGACAACAACGAGCCUCUCGUCGAAUUACAGCUAAGAGAUGUCGAGUAUGACCGAACCGAUAACUCCGACGGAUCCCAUAUCAACCUGAUGCAAGUGGGCAAGGUGUUAGGAUUAAAUCUUAUGCCAGAUGCAAUCUAUCCGGAAAUGAUUGCUCCUUACUUUGAGGAUGAGAAAGCAGCCUUCGCCGGAUUAGAGGGCAAACAGAUGGUCCGUGUCUACUGGCAUAUGCUAGAAGCUAUAGCAGGCAUACCUGUGAUGGACCAUUUCGAAGUAAAUCUAUUUCCCAUGAGAAUCCAGCUCGAACAUGAAGUCGGGAAGAAACUUUUUGAAUAUAUAUUCCCUGGGAUGGAUGAAGAUAAGGCCGACGAGCAGUCUGACUCGCCAUUUAUUCUAAGGUCAACCUUCCCCGGCGAGACGGAAGAAGACGACGUGCCCGACGAGACUAUGUCCAGCUCUAGUAGGCUUGGUUCUGCCACCUCUGACAAGGAGCCUUCGUUCUCAACGCGGGCUGGAUCAUUAGAGCUCCGUCUUCGACCAACCUUGACCUUGGAUUCGCGUCAGCCCGAAGACAGUUAUCAGAAACCCAAGGCCAUAAGCGUCCACUCGGGUGAUGGUGGCAGCGUAUUCCGGCUCUUUAGCUCGAAGACGGUCAGUAAAAAGCCGUCAUACGAAUCUAUUCAAUCAGGUGCCGCUUCACAGAAAACGGGGAUUGGCCGAGCCGCAACGAUCGCUGCAGUCAACAAUAGCGAAACCAAGAAGGGCGGGCGGUUCGGUCUCUCCCGGAAAUCUGGCAACGCAGACGAUAAGCCCUCAGACGACUUGACGAAGAUGAUAGCGCGCGCCUCAAACUACGUAACCUUUGCGUAUAUCAAGCUUCCAUCAGUUGUUCUUUGCCUUAGCUACAAAGGUAGAGGCGACCGAAAUAUCGAAGAUGUGCAUGACUUCGUCUUCCGACUACCAACGAUCGAAUACCGUAACAAGACAUGGUCCAAUCUCGACCUAGCCCUAGCGUUUAAAUCCCGCGUGAUUAAGGCACUCAUCUCUCAUACGGGUGCUAUCAUCGGUAAUAAGUUCAGCAAGCAUCGGCCUAACACAGCACAGCAAAACAAGCUGCGUGAGCUAGCAACUAGCAGCGUUCUCCUUGCAACGCCAAGUAUGUCCAAUAGCGGCGACAAUAGUGAUGAUUCGUCAAGCUUAUAUGGAACGAGCCCGGUUGAUUACUCACGGUCGCCACCGAGGAGCAUAAGAAGCGCACAUUCAAACAUUCCGGGGCCGCAGCGACCACCAAGCCGGAGUUCUAGUCUUGCUUCGUCCCGCUCAUACAGUCAUGCAUUUAGUAAUAGCAUAGAAACCAGGAAUACACCACCUGUGCCCUCGUUUGUUAAGAUGACACCUCCGACACCAAUAGACCGUACGCAUAGCGGCCUAGGAAUUGACAUGCCUCGCCCCAAAACUAGCGCGAGUGCGAGUGCUGCAGAUUCCUUGAGUCCAUUUCGGCCAACUACUAGCAGCGGUGUCACCAGCGGCUUCACCAUGAUUGAAGAUAGAGGGAGGAAGUCGAGCAGUCCGGGCUUCAUCAAGGGGAAAUUGAAUGCGUUGACGAGCCGACUUAGGGAUCGGGAUAACAACGACGCUAAGAAUAACCACGAAGAUGAGCAAGAGGAUGACGACGAAGAUAGAUGGAUGUAA